GCGGCGGCGGCGCGCACGGUCUCCAUAGAAUGAAAGACAGAGAAAGAGAGAACGAACGGAGCAGAGCCCAUCCGCUCGCUCGUGUCUCGCGCUCACACGCAGCCGAUCCCCUCCGUGUAGCAGCGCUCGGUUCGUGUGCGAGCAGUAGUUCGCUUCCCAUGAUACGUGAGAGCUGCAGCAGCAGCGUGGCUCCUCGUCAUCCUGAUCGUCCAGCCAAGGAGUAGCGCCACUGCCCAGAGGAAGAGGAGCCGAGCAGCGAGCUGGAGCAGGAGGACUUUGUCGCCGCGCGGUAGUAUGCGGGAAACCGUCGCAGUGCCGUGUACGAGUCCGCAGCAGUGUGAUCCGUGCCAGUACUGAGAGCCAGAGAGAGAGAGAGAGAGAAAGAGAGAGAAAGAGAGAGAUCGGCCGCGAUCGCAAGGUUAUGUCGCGCCAAGUGCAGCCGCGGCAUCAGCCCCAGCCCGCCGUCGCUGGACAGGGCCUGGCCGUCGUCCCAGCCGCGAUGAGCCGCUUCCAGUCCAACUGAGAGGAGAGCAGCUCGGCUGGCGGAUGUGUUGUUUGUUUGUGUGCCUGUGUGCAGUGUGCGAGGGAGAAGCUGGUGCGGAGUGUUGAGGGAGAGAGAAAACGGCGGGCAUACAGGACAGCUGAAAGAUCGAACGAAAGGCCACAAAGAUGAAGAUGAGCUUCUCGCUGUCCUCGCUGCAGCCCUCUAGCGGCAGUCUAGAGCGAGCAGAGCACGCGAGGAUCAGGGCGGAUCGACCGUACAACAGUCUCACAAAGAAAAGGUCAAGUAUCAGUAUCGAGACGCUCAGACGUGGUAGCAAUAUCUAAGCAGUUGAAAUAAUUAUAAUUACAAGACAGCCUUGUAACAUGAAAGAACCAAUGCAGGAACAGUGCGUCAAGAACUGGCCCGGCCCAGAGGACAGCAAAGAUGAUUUCUGGGCUGCCAUACGUACAAAUUAUGAUUUCAUCAUGGAUACAAACCUCAUUGAUACAUGCAAGGAAGCUAAUGGGGAGUUGGCUUGGGAUGAGGGUGAUGUCUCGACCGUCUCCUGGGGCUUGAAGGAAGUCAGCUGUCAGUUCUCGGAACUUUACUCGUGGUUGCGAGUACUUCAAGAGCUAGUUUAUUCAAAAGAAGAAAAUCUGCUAGAUAAAAGCUUACGUGUAGCUCAUACAGAAGAGUUACGUCGUAAAGCUUAUCGAAGACGAUUGUUCAAUGAGCAGGCAGAGAAAUUAAUUGCUCGAGCUCCUUCUUUAAAAGAAGAAGUUUCUUGGCGAGUUGAUCAUUUGAACGCUAAAUGGGAUCUAGUUGAGCAAAUAAUGGCACCAGUACAAAGAGCUGAUGAACUCGACAAUCAAGAUGUUUCUGCAGAUUUUGAGCAUGAGGUAAAGUGCUUAAGAAAAUGGUUGCGAGAAAUGGAAGACCGCCUGCAGCCGCUCAACUUUCGAGUCGAUUGGAGUAGGACCGAGAUCGAAGAAAAAGCAAUGGAACACAUGGUACUACAAAGGGACAUAGAGUCGCACGGGCGAAUCGUGAGCUCGGUCGUUAAACUCGGCGAGAGAGUCGCCGGGCGAAAUCGAUGCGCCGCAGCAGCAGCAGCCGCAUCAGCAGAGGAGGAGAAGCAGCAGCAGCAACAGCCUGAUCAAGCCCAGCGGGAAAGGCAGCAGCAAGCGCUGCGGGUUGCGAGCUCUCUCGAGCGUCGCUGGCAUCUUCUGUUCCUGCGCGCCUUGGAGUGGCAAUGCCAUAUCGAGACGCUCGCCGCACGAGUUCGCACUAAGUUGUCAACGAGUCGCUGCAGCAGCGACAGCGACGACGAAGAGCCGGUGACAAAGCAGCCACGCCUGAGUCGUCGAGCCUCCGUCAGCCCCACCUCCGCCAGUUUUUCAUCCGCCUCGAGUUCGUCGUCCCAGGACGAGAGCGGCAGCAGCGGCAGCAGCGGCAGCAACAGCCGUUACAGUAACAGCAGCGGUUCAUCGCGACGUCGGUCGUCGGUUCGUGCGAGACGUCAGCUCAGGGCUCGGUCCUGUCAACAAUCCGAGCCGACUAGCUGUAACAAUAGCGCCGAGGGUGUGCCGGCCAGCGUAGACUGCGUCGACUCGUCCUCCAGGUCGGAGCUAUCGUCCGACAGCGACGUUUCCUCCGAGAACAGGUUCAUCGACGAUGGUUCUUACUUCGAGGACGACCUUGACGAACUGUGUGUUGUGAGCAUCAAAGCCGAGGAAUACGUGCCCCAGCCCAAGCUCUACGACCGAGAGACGAGUUUCGGCGACCAGGGCACAGAAGCCGACAUCGAAGAAGCCGGUCUCAGCGAGGAAGAAGCCGACGCGACGAAGGAGAGCAGCAGCAGCAACAGCAACCAAGUCGUCAUGACGCCAACUCCGGACCCGGUGUCGAUGACGACAACGACGUCGAUCGAGCAAUCGUGCGACGAAAUCGACGCGGGCAUGAACGACGCGCCCAAGCCAGUCGCGCUGCCCGCGAACGACAGUCCUAAGCGCCGCAGGACUGAUAUCGACGAAGCUGCCCUGUUCAACACCUCGAACAGGAAAUCCAAGAACUGCGCGACCUUCUACUUCAAACACAUGGACACCGACUCGGAGGCCGACAGUAACGUGAGCAGCAACGGUGCAGCUCAUCAGCAUCCAGCCAUCGACGAGUCCUCCGAGGAGGAGUGGACCUACACGUCCUCGCGCAUGGACGUGCAGCAGAACAAGAACAACGCCAAGAUGCGUUUGAACUUUGACGCGGCCACAGAGACCAUCGACAACGCGAAGCUCGAUGACUGCACGAAUAACGACGCUCUCAACGGAAACGUCGUGGACGAGGCUGUGCAGACCGCUGGUAGCGCCGAGGAGAAGAAGAAAAUGUCGAGGGAGAACAACAACAGCGACAACGAGUACGCCAGUAACAAGGACAGCAUUCAGAAGCUCAUCAGAGAGGUGGAGAAGCUGGUGCGAGAAGAAGGCAGAGGGGCGCAGAGGGUACCGUCGCUCAUCUUCGACGAGGAGAAGGGUCUGCUCAGCGCGCAGAACCAUCGGGCCAAGUACGCAAGAAUCAGAGAGUGGCUGGCACUCAACUCAACGCGCUGCCACGACGGCAGGUGCAAAGCACAGCACUCUCCGCUGAGGGCAACGGAAACGCUGGACAGCUGCGACGCCAGCGGCGAAUACACGACCGGCGAGUCCGACGUGGAGAAGCAGUCGGAGAGCUCGGAAGAAGAUCUCCAGAGCAGCGUGGUCACGUGUCGCUUCGGCCAUGCCUCGCAGUCCAACUCGGAGGAGCUCCUCGAGGAGGUGGACUCGGCUCAGCGCAGCCCCGUCUUCCAGAAGUCCUUCCCCGUCGACGCGAGCACGCCCAAAGUGGUACUGCGUUCCAAGCGCAAGACCGGCAACGGCCCCAGGCCCUGGAGCGUCUCCUGCAUCUCGCAGAUUCGCAAGCGCGCCAGCCUCGAGGUCGACCCCAGCGAGCCCAUCUCGCAGUUCUCCAUAUCCGAGACUGCGCUGCACCAGCUCGUCGCCGGACCUCCGGCCAAGUCCGCUUCGCUCGACGCGACGGAAUCGCGUGCACCCUUCAAUAACUCAACGUCGACAUUGCUGGAGGAGACGAUAAUCGGUCACGAUGCUCGCGUGGCGAGAAACAGCUCGCUGCGUCGCAGGAAGAACAGGCUUCGCAAGAAGAAUGUGGGACGCAAGAGCGAAUCAGGUUCAGACGGCGUAAACGCCAACAACAACCAGCGUUCAGAGCACAGCGACGAGGUAAGCUCUGGUAACAACAAUCCCCGUUCCACUCGCAAAUCCGUCAGCGGCCGUCAGACCCGCUCUAGCCGUGCUAUCACCACCACCACCGGCACCACGACCGUGACUCUCGUGAAAUCCGGUUCGUUCUCCGGAUACAGCGCGCAGCAGGAAGCCACCGAGAGGAUGACCACUAGCGACCCUCCAUCGGUCGUUGGCCACAGUAAGCUGGCUUGUUGCCGUACCACCGCUUCAUCUGAGUCCGAGGACGACGAGGAGGAAGCCGCUUCCACCGCUGUUGCUAGAUCUCUGCGCAAUGGACGCGCCUGCACCAACUGCGAGGACAACAAGCAGGUGCGAGCUUCGCCGUUCAAUGGAGCUGACAGCGACAUUGAGAAAAAUAGUCUGGGAAACAACUCCUUCUCCGAGCAAGCUUGGGAUAACUAUCAGGAAAAAUACAUGAGCGAACCGUACAGUGAGGUAGCAGAUAUCGAAACGGCAAGACGUCUUUUGGAGUUUGGCGACGAUUACAGAAAUUUCCUGGACAGUCAAUCCGACUGUGCUUCAAGCCUAAGUGCCGUUCAUUACAAGAGCAACGUUACAUCAGAGGACAGCGACAGCGAUUCAGAAUUCAAGCGUUUGGCCGAGACCUCGCGUAGUCAGCUUUUACUUUCGGAAGCUCGAUACGGAACUAUGGCCGACAGUAGCUUCAGCGAACUGACCCGCGUCUGCCGCGAGAACAUAAGGUGUCUCCGAGCUAUCUCUGAGGCGAACGGCGUUUCCCGUCACAGCGACAAGCAUGGCAAGCAAAUUCGUGGCUUAAUGGAAAGAUGGGAAUCGCUCUCGCUGAGGGCAGAGGAGGCACAGAAAAUCAGCACUAUCCAUCGCGAGAUGGCAGCUAUGAAGCUGGAGUUUUGCGCGGCGCACGAGAGACUCACGUCGUACCGAGUCGUUUUGGAGGAGCCUCACGUCAUCGAGGACCACAUCAGCAGGAUCAACAACGAACUGGCUAAUUUGAGAGACCGGAAACCGGCUAUGCUCGCAUUGAACGUUUCGACACACCGCCUCAUCACGGAUCUCGGUCAGAAGACGUCGCCUACAUUUGCAGCGCUGAAGGAUGGCGUAUCAGACCUCUACAGACUCUGGGACGAAGCGUUUCAAAAGGGAAACCAGCAGCUUUGCGCCUUGCAGUCAGUCCAGCAGUUCAACUCGCGUCUCACGGAGCUUCAGUGCGCUCUGCGAAGGGACAAGGACACCUUAGCCGUCCUGGACGCGGCCCUAAAGGCCGGAGCCACCAUGGAAGUCGCUUCCUCGGUCAGAGACGUGGCCAGGCUUCUGUCCGAGAAACACGAGGUCAACAACCAAGUGUCGUCGCAGCAGAGCAGCCUCCUAGCCGACACUACCCUCACGGCUCAGAGCAGCAACGACGACAGCGGCAACGCGACGCAGUCCUCGUUCAACGGCUCCCUCAUCGGCCUGGAGGGCGGCUCCCUCUCGGACAGUGGCAUCUCCGACAGCGGUAGCGAGCAGGAGCUUAGCGAACGCGAACGUCGCCUGGCUGCCCUGCGUCGGCUCACCCGUAGUCUCGAGACGCAGCUGGUCCCGGACUCGGCUGGCGACGAGGUCCUCGCCGAGCUCUGGAGACGCAUCGAGGAGGCCGAGGCCGAACUCCGGGUACUCCAGAAGCAGUGCCGCGAGCUCAUCGUGCGCACCGCUGCCAGUAUCGAGUCGCGAGCCAACGUACGACCCGUUGCUGCGCAGACUUACCCAAUUCCUAGCAAGCGCAAGAAGGCCCCGCACAUCGAAGCCAGCGUUCCGUCCUCCAAGGUUCACUCCAACAAAACCCCGGGCAACGUCACGUCGACGGACGAGCCGGACAAGGAGCCGCACGUUCCGCGCAGCUGGGUUUGGCGCAUCUUGCGAGCAGCCCUGCCCUUCCAGCUGGCCCUGGUCGCGCUCUUCUGCGCGGCCUGCCUCCUGGAACCGCACUGCUGCGAGGCCAGCAACUCGCUGAACCUCUCGCUGACGCCGCAGCUGCGCUACGUGAGGGGACCACCACCGGUCUGAGCGACCACAGAACGGAGACGCAGACUGACGCUCUGCACCGUUUGCCGACGAUUUUCCGUCUCGCCAUGAGACGUGGGACGCGCUUCGCGUCUGCCGGAAGAAAGAGUUCGUGUCGAGCCGCGCAGGAUCUCACGGUGAGUAUGCUCAUCGUCGUCGGGGAGAGAUGACGACGAGAAUACAGUGUGGAGGAUUCGCUGUGGGCCGACACUACUGGAGCUCCGUGGAAUGUCUACGUGCCUUCGAGUUUGUUCAUACUUUACGGGAUUUUACGUAGAUUGCGUGGGUGUAUAGAUGCUAGAAAAAUGAGGUCGCAAGGCUUCGGAGGCGGGACGAAGGACGACUUCGUCGCGUCUCCGGCUAUUCGCAUUUUCAGACUGACUGACAGACUUUUCAGGGUUUUUUGUACCUUUUUGAUAUGAUAAGCGAUGUUUUUAUACGAGCGUUUAAAAGGGGAGGGAUUCAAAGAAAUUUGUUGACAAUUAUCAAAUAGACUGAAAGUGCGGAUCUGUAAAAUGUUAUAGGAGAUGAAGGGUACUUUUGUACUGAACGAAUAACGCGUUAUUGAUUCAUUGCAAAGGAUAAGGUUUAGAGAGUGUAGAAAUGAAAAAAAAAAUGAAAAAUAUAAAUCAGGGGCAUUUUUAUAAAAAAAAGUAGUUCUAGAGCAAUAAUCGACAUACGACUGAGCUUUUGGACUUGUGCCAAUUUUCGAAAGUAAAAAGUGGCUUUUUUAUACGAUGUAUAGAUACGUGCCUUGUAUCGCGAAUUUUUAGUCGUCCAAACAUGUGGCCGACCGAAAGAAUUUUUUGCUCUCGCUGUACAUAGUGUACAGGACUGUCGUCCCCUGAUAAUCAAAAGAAUCGUUGGGUUAUAGAAGCUUUUUUUGUAGGACGCUCGACAGCGCGCGUGUGUCGGAAAAAAUUUCUAAAAUUAACGAUGUUGUAUACAUAGUACAUAUAUUUUUCGAAGUUUAUAGAAGUAUAAACGCCGACUGCAUGCUAGAUUAGUGCAAUUUUGUCCGAAAUAUCACUUUUCAUCAACAGCACGCAGGCUGGAUUCAUAAAAGCAGAAAAUAUUUUUUAACAGAUUCUUCCAAGCACGAAACAUUGAAUGGGAGUAAUUUUUUUACAAAAGCUGAAACAUUUUUUAUUUAAACAGAUAUAAAAGAAUAGCAAGCAAACAAAACAUGAAACAAUGUGUUCAGAAACCGUCAACUAGUCAUCGAAAAAAGAGAAGGCCUUCGUGCUCCGAUUGUUUACAAAUGUUUUCUCUCUCGCACGAUGAAUUUAAUUAUCAUAUCCUAUUGAAUAUCAUCCGUGUUUUAAUCGAAAACGAAAUCAUUAUUUAAGCAUGAAAAAAAAAAUAGAAAUGACAAGCAGAAACGUUUACCGUGUAAACAAGUGCUGUAUAUAGCUUUAAGAAGUUUUAAAUUAAUGAUGAUACGAUUUUUUAUACGAGUAAUUAUCAUUAAGAUCCACUAAAGUUCAGAAGAAUCUUUAAAUGAAACAUGCUACUUAAAGACGGCAUUUAUAAAUAAGCCGAUCGACUAUGAGUCUGAUGAUCUUUUUUACGCGUGCGAAUCACGGUGAUAUAAUAACCAUUUCGUACUAUUUUUAACCAGUUGUUUUAUUAAUAUAUUUUUUUUGUGUCUUUACGGAGUUGUAAAGAUUUUUAACGUUGACAUUUCCUAAGGAGCUGCCUUCAAAAUGAAAUAAAACGCGUUCGAUUUACGCGAAUAAAAAAAAUGCGAGUGCACAAACUAUACAAAGGCGUCCAUCGAGACGAUGGACGUUCAUAUCGAGAGAAAAAGAGUACUUACGUAACCGCGCAUACUUGCGGUCUACGAGUAUAGUUAGCAAACAGUAUACAAUUUGAUUAUCGCGCAGUAUUUAACGUUUUAUAUACUUGCGUCGAGAGAUAAAACGAGUUUUAAAGAGAAUACAAAUAAUAUAUAUGUAAAUAAAUAUAUAUAUUAGAGAAGCUUGUGUAAUUUUACCACGACAACUUUUUACGUCGAUGAGUAACUUAUCCAUAUAGCUGCUGAUUUAUAUUGAAUUCAGAAAUCGUUUGUCAGUUUUCCUCUGAAUUCCUUUUUGUAAUUCAAUUCCGUGGCGUAAGAAUUUGUUCCUAAUAAUCUAAGAUUCUAUAAAUAAAAAUUCGAAUAAGUUUUUCUAAAAUUUGUAAAUAAUACAUAUAUUUUAAUUUUCAUAGAUAUGUAUUUAUUCAUACGAUUAACUAUAUUCUUCAUCAUAAGAUUUACUUUGUAAUGAAAAUGAUAAUAUUCUCUUCUCUAAAGGACACUCUUAUGCCACGUCACAUUAAUAAAAAAAAUAUUAUGUUCGAAAAUCAAAUGUCUUCAAAAAGAAAGAGGAGUAAAACUGACAAGACUUAUUUUUAUGUUAAUUUGUUGCAGAUUGUAAGGCGCAAUAUCUACUUUAUCUAUCACGAUAUUGUGUGUAUAAAGUACCUGAAAUAAUGAAAGUUAUUAUUUAGUUAUCAUAUUGAACAAUGUUUAUAUAUUGAGCAUGAAAAUCGCAGAACAAGCGAUAACUUAUUAUCCCUAUUAUAAUUCUAUUAUUAUCAGUUACUUUAACUUUACUAAAGCAGUUUAGUUGAGAAUCGGCUUUCGCUCGUCGACAAAGGGAUCUGACAACAGUAAAGGAUAAACAAAAAGUUCGUGAAAUUCCAUUGUCGACCGGCGCGAGCCACUGUUUUCGAGUAUACAAUCGAAUAUACGUAAUGUCGUAAUUGAAAAGCGAGCGACGCAUCGUCGUAUCAACAUUCUCGCAAUGUGUGCCAUGAUGUUGCGUCGAUAUGCGCAUUUCGUAUAAUGUUGCAUGCGUACCUUAAGUUUCUUUCUAUAUCUUCUUCUUUCAUCUUUUUCAACUGUUUCUACUGAGAGAAAAAAUAGUUAAAAACAAAAAAAAAAAAACACAAAAAAAGAGAAAAAACUUUAUAGUGGUAAUCCGUUUUUCUUCUGCUUAAGAGCUUCUGUAAAGAAAGGUAUACCAACUACGGUUUGCUUGCAGUAGGUGAUCCCUGUAUUCGGCUGCCUGUAAAUAACUGAUUGUCCAACUGCCUUUGCAGCCUAGAGCUUGAUAAUGACGUUGUCUUUUGUAAAGUUUUCGUGUAAUCGUUAUAUAUCUAUUCUUCGACGAUCGUGCAUAUAGCGUGUGUUUAAAGCGAUCGUCGCCUUAAGAAUUUCGGACGUCGCGCGCCUUCGUCACUCACGAGUCGUUCCGCAACCGAAGCGACAACUUUUUUUCCAAAGACGAAAAUAAAGGUUGAAAAAUAAGCCUCGAAGUUUGCAAGCUCGGAUGUCGAUAGAGCGCGCGUCGAUUCGAAAAACUAAGAUGUUCUGUCGCAAAACCGCCACUGAACACUUGUAUUUCGACUACCAAGACUGCCUUAGACGAAGUGACACGCUUCGCUCGACGAUCAAACAAUUAUUAACAUCAAGCGAAACCCUAUAUUCUAUGUUGCGAGCCAAAUGGAAAGCUCUUUUCUGCUUUAGAAUUUGGAAGACAAGCUCGACUCGAAAGUCGAUGUAUUGAUAUAAUGUGCCUUUUCAGACGCGCGAGCGUUAUGAAGGUUUUUACGGGAGUAAGGAAAUCACCGAAAAAAUAGAAAAAAAAAUAAUAAAAAAAGAGUAAAACUUAGUAAGCGACGCCGACUGCUUAAAUAUGCGUCAUUCUUUUUAAGCGUAGCGUUGUAAAUGCGUGUUAUGCGCUAUCUUAGAUAGUACGUGCAGUCGCAUGCAUUUGUUCCUCAGCCAGUUUCUUCAUUGUUCAUCACGUCACGCAUAUGAUAUGUAACAGUUUCGAAACCAUACUUCAUCACCAUAUCACUUUCAUUCACGGAAUCAUUGCAUCGUUAGAUUGUACGAGAUUCGAUCGUACGUGUCACCUAUCCCUAUCUUUCUCACAUAUCCAUCAACACACACACACAUAAUGUCGUGCCAUUUUCUCAUGAGUAUAAUUAUAUGCUUACUAACAUAAAGAUUUAAUUAUUGAAGGAUUUUAAACAGUUUUUCCAACUCUAUGGAAUACCACAAUGUAUUUUCGGCAACUUUUCAAAAAUAAAGACGAAUAAAUUUUCAA